AUGGCUUUCAAUAUCACCAUUUACAACGAUGUUUUUGGUGCGGAUAAUGGGGAUUUCCUCACCCUCUGUUUGAGUACUCCUCCAAAGAUUAAUUCCAAUGGCAUUUGGGAUUUUGUUUUUGGGUCUUCUUCUAAACUCAGAACUUCUCCUCUUCCAUUGUUGGAGCUUCAAAUGCUGGUUAUUUUCUCUGUCAUUAUCCUCCUCCAUUUCUUCCUCCAGCUUUUUGGCCUCCCUGUUUUUGUCUCUCAAAUGAUUGCUGGGUUGAUACUUGGAUCAUCAUGGAGGGGAAGUUUUAGGUCAUUUGAUAAAUUCAAAGAUAGUAUAUUUUCCAUUGCAUCUCAAGAUAUAGUGGGUUUGCUGGCAGGGUUUGGUUACACACUUUUUGUGUUUCUCAUUGGAGUUAGGAUGGAUUUAAGUGUGGUUAAGAGAUCAGGAAGACAACCUUUGAUAGGUGGUGUUUUAUCAAUAGUUAUUCCUGUAAUACUUGGGUCAUUGGCAGCAUUUGGUUUCUCAAGAAUUGGGAAAAAACAUGAAAUAGCUAACAUGGAGUUUGUGGCAGCAAACCAAUCAUACACUUCAUUUGCUGUUGUGGUUUGCCUGCUUGACCAUCUCAAAAUUCUGAAUUCUGAUGUUGGUCGUUUGGUACUUUCCACUACAAUAGUAGCUGAUUUGGUUGGUCUGAGUUUCUCCUUCAUAGUUACUGUUGUUGAAAAUUUUCAAAGCCAGGCUGCUUUGAAUGCUUUGAUGACUCUUGCUUUGGCAAUUGCGUCGAUGGUUAUUGUCGUGUUCAUCUUUCGCCCUGCGAUGCUCUGGAUCGUUAGGUCCACGCCAAAUGGAAGGCCUGUUCCAGAUGGAUACAUAUGCAUCAUCAUUCUAUUGGUACUUGUAUCUAGUGUGACUUCAAACAUUAUGGGACGAACCGUUUACACCGGGCCAUUUAUCUUGGGUUUGGCUGUGCCUGAAGGACCACCAUUAGGAACCAGUCUAGUGAAUAAACUUGACGGCAUUAUUACUUCACUUUUUGUUCCACUCUUUGUCACUAUUUCUAUGAUGAAGGUUGAUCUUUCAUUCCUUCCCUACGAUGGAGCAUUUUUGACUCAUUCUACUAUUGUGAUCUUAAUAACCUCUAUUGGAAAAAUGGCCGUCUCUAUUGGUACUUCUCUAUAUUUCAAGAUGUCUUCUCAUGAUGCCUUGGCGUUUGGCCUCAUAAUGUGCAGCAAAGGCAUUGUAGAGCUUGCUGCUUGCUCUUACUUUUAUGACAGCAAUUUCCUAAGUGAGCAGACUUUUGCAGUGUUGACUGUUGAUAUUUUGAUUUUCUCGAUACUGAUGCCGAUGCUCGUGAAAUGUUAUUAUGAUCCUUCAAGAAAAUAUACUAACUAUCAGAAAAAGAACAUUCUCAAUUUGAAGCCUGAUGCUGAGUUGAGCAUAUUAGGAUGCAUUCAUACACAGGAUGAUGUUCCUGUCUUGCUUAACCUUCUCAAUGUGUCAUGUCCGACCGAGGAGUCUCCUGUCUCUCUAUAUGCUCUUCACCUCGUAGAAUUGGUUGGUCGAGCCACCCCGGUUUUCAUUACACAUGAGCUUCAUGACCAAAAAAGUUCAUCCGAAGUGAUGGUCUCUGAUAGUAUAGUUCAAAUGCUUCGCAAGUACGAAAGGAGCAACGAAGGUGUUGUAUCGGUUGAGGUAUUCACCGCAAUCGCUCCAAUGAAACUAAUGCAUGACGACAUAUGCACCGUAGCGGUUAACAAACUCACUUCCCUUAUAAUCCUUCCAUUUCAUCGAAGAUGGACAAGGGAAGGAUUCGUGGAAUCAGAGGAUAACACGAUAAGGGCGUUAAAUUGCCAAGUCCUUGAGCGAGCACCGUGCUCGGUGGGAAUCCUCAUUGACCGUGGCCAUCUUUCAAGCUAUCGUCUGUUUGGUGGUUCAUGUACAUCGUUAUUACAGGUUGCAAUGAUUUUCCUUGGUGGUAAAGACGAUAGGGAAGCAUUUUCAUUAGCUAGACGCAUGGUUAAAGAGCUGAGCACUUCUCAACUCACAGUGAUACGCCUACUCGCAGAAGAUGAGAGCAUUAGCCAUUGGGAGACAGUUCUUGACACGGAGCUGCUGAACGACGUGAAGCAUAGUUUUGUGGGGGGCGAACCGUUUAGGUACGUGGAAAAGAGAGCGGAUGAGGGGUCAGAGACAGCAGCAAUAGUAAGAUCCAUUGGUGAUGAAUAUGAUCUCAUAGUAGUUGGAAGAAGAGAUGGAGUUGAUUCUCCACAGACUUCAGGUUUGAUGGAAUGGAAUGAGUUUCCUGAACUUGGAAUCAUUGGGGACAUGCUUGCUUCUGCUGAUUCACAUUUUAAAGCCUCCACCUUGGUGGUUCAACAACAGCAACAAUGGUCAUUUUACAGGCAAUGA